AUGACCCCCGUUUACCCAGAGUGCAUUACCGAGGACAUUCUUGUAACUGGCCACCUGAUAAACGACCUGAUAAACACCCCCGUAACGGUGCCUGAUUACCGGAUCCAGACCGCCAUCGACCAGCUGGCAGCCGAGAUGGAGGUGACCUUCAAGAAGCCAGUCGCGCACACCACCGCGUCCAACUGGUACAAGAGGUGGCUGGCAACUGACCGCAAGGCCUUCAACAGCAACACAGUGCACAACAUGCGGUCGGUCUCACUCCCUCCGGCCAUCUACGCCUUCGUAAAGCAGUGGAUCCUGGAGCUCAUUGACACUGGCUCCCAGGUGAACUCGGCGACGCUGCAGCCGUACAUCACUGCUGGGCUCAAGUGUAAGGGCUAUGGCUUCCUUCUUGCUGAUGCCCCUGGUGGUGCCGGCACGUUCAAGGUCAGCCGGUCCUGGAUCCGCAAGGUGUGCCGCCAGAUGAACCUGUCGCACCGCGCCGCCACGUCUGCUGCCCAGAAGCUGCCAGAUCAGUGGGAGCAGGUGCUGCAGCUGUUUGUGUACCAGGUGGCAUACCUGACCUGGAAGCACAAGAUCCCGCCCCAGCUGGUGAUUAACGGCGACCAGACGGGCUGCAACAUGUUCCCCGCCAGCCGCAACAUCUAUACCCAGAUCGGAACACGCCACGUGCGGGUGCUGGGGCUUGAGGACAAGCAGCAGAUUAUGGUCAUGGUGGCCUGCUCUGCCUCAGGCGACAUGCUUCCCCUCAAGGUGGUCUUCCAGCCCUAUGUCACACGUGUAAAGAAGGAGCUGGGACUGCCCGAGAACCACCCCUGGCUCCUGAUGCUGGACUGCUGGCACGUGCACCUGACGGAGGACUUCCAGGACUUUAUCAAAGCGCAGAUCCCGGGCGUCUUCAUCAAGUAUGUGCCCGCCAACUGCACCUCGAAGGCUCAGCCAUGUGAUGUUGGCAUCCAGAAGCCCUUCAAGGACGGCACCCGUGAGACCGCCAUGCUCACCGUGCAGGAAACUGUACGGCAGGAGUUCAACAAGGGCAGGAGUUCAACAAGGGCAUCGCACCGGAGGAUGUUGUCCUGA